UGUCCAGUAGUGCGCCGGCGUUGUCUAUAAAAGAUCUUGUGCCAUGCCUAUAGAGCGUCGAUUCCCUCUCAACCCAAUAUAGUAUAUAGUGUGUAUGUGUGUGUCUGGCCUUUUGGGUGGGGGGGCAAAAGUAACGUAAAGGGAGUGGUAGGGUGGUAGAUCAUCGAUCCAAAAGUCUAGCAGAGAUGCAGGGCCGACCCCCGACCCCGUUGUUUUGCCGAGAAUAAGCCAACGCCCAACAGGGGGGGGGAACGACGACGACGACUUGAUUCCGGCGGUGGUGCCGCUCUGCGCCGUUUGAUUUUCUUCGAUAUUUCUCAAUCUUCUUCUUCUUCUUCUUCUCUUUUUUGUCAUUGUCAUUUUUCAUGGGGCUACCGUGUCAAACGCAAAGCAGAGCGGCUGCUCGGCGAGAUGCCCGCGCAGCAACAGCCGGACCUGGGCGCGUCGGUCGGUGGAGGGGGGCGGUCGAUGCCAGGACGACGGCGACGGCGCUGAUUGCGUUUGAUGCAAGAGAUACCGUACACUCAUACCCCCCUUGCUGUUUUGUGUGUGUGUGUGUGUGUGGGAGAGGUAUAUACGCGUAUCUUUGGCUGGUGGUGGACUCCGUCUAUAGUCGACUCGCUACUCGCUACUGGCGUUCGGAUUCAACAGCGCCACCUCAACGGGUUCGGGCGCAACUUUCUCUUCUUCUUCUUCUUAUCGGAACUCUGCUCGGCUUUGUUCCUCGUCGGCAACAAACCCAAAAGUGCGUUUCGCCCCCCACCGGAUUCUUAUCAGGUGACCCCCAAACAAAAGAGGAGAGAGACAAGUGGGCGGAGAUAUUGACACAUACAGAGAGAGAAGGAGAGAGAAAACAUAUUUGUUUGUUUGUUUUUUCCUAUUAGAAAAGAAAAAGAGAAAACGUAACAAUUUAGAAAAAGAAUGAUUACUAUGUAGGGAUCGAUUGCGAGUCCAUUACGAUCCGUCGAGUCUCGUCCAGCCGGGUGAUACUUGACGACGGGCAAUCCUCUAUAUAUCUAUUGCAGUAUUGCCAUUCUUUUUCCAUUAUUUCCAUCGACAUCUUUCUCACUCACUCUCUCUCACUCACUGUGUGCUCAAGUUGACGUGGCCAAAAAAAAGACAAAACAAAAAUGCUGUGGAAAGCGGCGCUGAUGCGGCGGAUUAGCCGGACCGUCUUCAAGUGCCGGCUGAGUUUGACCAGUCCCGCCCGAACGACGACGACGACAACAACAACAACAACGCGCAACGGUUUCAUUGGCAGCAGCGGUGGCAAAGGCAAACGGCCGUCAUCGGCUGGCGCUGCAGCGGCGGCCGUCCGGGCGGACAACGCCUACCUGCUGGCCGUCUUUUUCGUCUUCUUCCUAUUGGUGAUGAUCGUGGCUCAAGUGAUGGUGAUGCGCAGCGAAUUGUCGUCCAGCAGCAGUCUGGCCGGUAAAUCUUCAUCUCUUCGUUCUUUCCGGCCCUUGUCGGCGCUGUCGCAGUUGUCGUCGUCGACGUCGUCGUCCUCCAGUCGCCAGACGCUGAAAGAAACGCAGAAACGUCCGGCCGGACCGUUCCGUUUCGGCCGUCAGCCGGCGCCUUUUGGCCGAGUGCUGGCAGCCGAUCGCGCUGCUGAACCGACGGCCGGCGCCGGCGACACUGCUGGCGGCCCCAGCAACGCCAACGCUGACUUAAUCCAUGAUCCUUCCGCUCAUUUGACCGCAGGCGAGUGGCUCAAGCGUCUGCCGCAGGAGCAGGGCCGUGACGCUUGGGUCCAGCAACUUUGGCCUUGCUUCCAGGGACAGUCCGUCUGCCCGUGGCAACCCGUCAGCGGACGGGAAAAAUGUUUCGUCUACUCCGCUUACCUGGACGACACGACGGGCGGCGGAGGCGGAAGCGGCAACACUUACACCAGCAAUCCGGCCGGAGUGGUCCGGGUCAUCGGAGUGGCCAAGACCAAGAAACCCGACCGUCUCUGGUGCCAACUGGGCUGGGCCGGCGGCAACAACAGCGCCCAGUGGUUAUCCAUUCCGGCUCAAAUCAAAACCAUCCGCGAGCACUGGAACCUGCGCUACAGCGCCGUUUUCAUCCUGUGCCCGUUGCUGACCAAGAACUGGCCGCCCGGCCAAUAUCCGACCCGCAACCCGCAAUUCGUUUCCAUCUCGACCAGUGAGCAUCCGACCAUGCCGGAUCACGACUUACCCGUCCGGGCGACGGCCACUCCGGCCGAAUUCAACGCGACUUUCGGUCACUGGGCCGACUCGCCUACAGGCAAUUUGCUGCCCGUCAUCCGUUACCCGGACGACCCGCAGACCCGCAAUCAGCCCAAGCAUCAGCUGAGCGUGUGCGUCAAGCCGCUGCACUACAGUUUCAACCGGGUCGACCAGCUGAUUGAAUUCAUCGAAAUUCACCGUUUGCUGGGCGUUUCCCAUUUCACUUUUUACAAUCACACGGUCGGCGACAACUGCGACUGCGUCCUCCGUCGCUACGUCGACCAAGGUCUGGUGGAGAUCCUCCCCUGGAACCAGCUGGACGUUACCUCGCAAAAGGAGAUCCGCACCGAGGGUAUCUUCGCCUCGCUCAACGAUUGCCUCUACCGGCACAUGUUUGACAGCCAGUACUUGCUCAUGAUCGACCUGGACGAGUUGAUUGUUCCGCGCACGAAAUUCACGCUCACCGAGUUGAUUGCUUCCACGUUAUUGGCCAAUAACACUGUUGCCACCGGCGGGAUCCACAGCAGCGCCAACAGUCACAACGGCUACCGCAUCGGCGCCUACUACUUCCGAAAUGCCUUUUUCUACUUGUCCUGGCCGGACGACUCGGCCGUCCAUCCUGACUGGGCGACGGACGGCCCUGGACGACCCCUCGAUCUCAUCACCUUGCGGAAGACCAGACGAAACGUCAAACUUCAUCCCCACCGGAUAAGAUCGAAAUACAUUUGCCGGCCCAGGGCCGUCGUCGAGGUCGGCAACCAUUUCGUCUGGGAAUUCCGGGCCGGCAACGUAGCGGCCCACGUCCCCGACACUUUGGCCGUCAUGCACCACUACCGGACGUGCGAGUUUGGUGGCGACACCUGUCUGGCCAAUCCUUCCGUUCAGGAUCGAUCGGCCUGGAAGUACGGCGACGCUCUGGCCGCCUCCGUUCGCCGUCGCUUCCGCCAGUUCGGCGUCGACUGCCCGGUUUUGUUACCUACCACUGACACUGCCGCUGGGCAGCACUCUGCAACACUUGCUACAACUUCUAUUGCUGCUACUAACGUCAACACAACUACUACCACUUGGUCUCAUCCGUUCCUCAGUUGACGAACAUUUUGAAUCUCCCACCGCGCUUCAAUCCCCAUCAAUCCAUCCUCAAAUGAUCAUCAUGUCAAUCCAGUCCAGCUUAUUCGAAUCACAUAAAACUCACGUUUCGAUUUUGAGUUCUUUUGAAAUUCAUCGGUUUUUAAAUUACAUACAUGAAGGUAGUCCGGGGGGUUGUGAAAUGUAUACGGGUCCAAAAACCAAAAGGAAAAAAAGGCCAAAACGAAACUCAAAUGAAGCACAAAAUAAGAUGAAGAACCUGGACAAGCAGAUAUUUAUGUACGAGCACGCGUCAACACAACCCACUACUCGUGUGCUACUGACUAUAAGAUAUAUGCGACGACGACCCAAUGAACACUGUUCUCAAUUGAAUACAAAUUGCUUUCAAAACAAACCAAAA